AGCAUCAAUGUGAGCAGAGGAGCCAGAAAGAGAGAUGAAGAUUCAGGAACUGAAGUGGGAGAAGGGACAGAUGAAUGGUCCCAGUCCAAAGCCACAGUUAGACCCCCAGACCAGCUGGAACUGACUGAUGCGGAGUUAAAGGAGGAGUUCACUCGGAUCCUGACAGCCAACAAUCCACAUGCACCCCAGAAUAUUGUCAGGUACAGCUUCAAAGAAGGCACAUAUAAGCCUAUUGGCUUUGUGAACCAACUGGCAGUUCACUUCAGCCAGGUGGGGAACCUGAUUCCCAAAGACUCAGAUGAAGGACGGCGGCAGAACUACCGCAAUGAGUUAGUGGCAGGUUCCCAGGAGUCCAUCAAGCAGGUAGUUUCAGAAACAGAAAUCAAUGAAGAAGAGGAAGAACCCAAGGAAGCAGAAACUGAACCUGGAAGUCAAACAGAUAUACCUGCAGCUGAGACAGCUGAAAAAGGGCCUGAAGAAGAGGAAUUGAUGGCUCCUAAGCAGCCCAAGGAACGAAAGCCCACUAACCAGUUUAACUUCAGUGACAGAGCGUCACAGACCUUCAACAACCCUCUCCGGGAUCGAGAAUGUCAAAUGGAGCCUCCUCCCAGGGCAAACUUUUCAGCCACAGCCAAUCAGUGGGAAAUUUAUGAUGCCUACGUAGAGGAACUUGAGAAGCAGGAAAAGACCAAAGAGAAAGAGAAGACAAGGACCCCAGUGGCUAAGAAAAUGGGGAAGAUGGCCAUGAGGAAGCUGACAUCCAUGGAGUCCCAGAGUGAUGAUAUCGCCAAAGUGUCCCAAGCUGCUAAAAUUGUGGAGCGGAUGGUCAACCAGAACACAUACGAUGAUGUUGCUCAAG